GUCAUGAUCCCAAGUGUGAAGCUGGACUUUAGCCACAUCCAGUCUAAGUGUGGCUCCCUGGAUAAAGUCCAUUACAUGGCAAGCGGGGGAAAUGUUCAAAUCCAAACUAAGAAGAUCGACUUGAGUCACAUCACCGCCAAAUGUGGCUCCAUGUCCAACAUUCACCACAGACCAGGGGGAGGCAAUGUGCGAAUUGAGAGCGUGAAGCUGGAUUUCAAAGACAAGGCCAUCCCCAAGGUUGGCUCCCUGGAUAAUGCCAGCCACACUCCCGGAGGAGGGAAUGUCAUGAUUGAGAGCCAUAAGCUGAGUUUCCGUGAAUCGGCCAAAGCUCGCGUGGACCACGGCGCAGAGAUCGUCGUCACCCAUUCCCCGGAGAUGGAGACGGGAGGCACCUCUCCUCGCCUGUCCUCCACCGGAAGCAUCAACAUGACGGAGUCGCCCCACCUGUCCACCCUGGCGCAGGACGUCACCGCUGCCCUGGCCAAGCAGGGUUUAUGAGCUCUGGACACGAAUAAAAAAAAAUAAAAAAUUCCUAGCGGUCACUCCUUUUUCCAAUUUUCGUCACUCGCUCCGAAGCUUCCGGUAGUUUUUGUUUUCAUGGCCACGUGAACCCUCACAAGUUCUGAACUGUCUCUGUCAACUGGCUCCUUUUGAAAAAGUGAACUUGGAAAAAAUAUUUCACUCCUCAGAAGGGGAAAAAAAAAAAAAAAGGGAAACUUC